AUGAAUACGAAUGAUGAUACACAAGUUAAAAAUGCUCAAUCGUCUAAAUCACGUAUGAAUCGAAUUCCAAAUGAGGAAAUGGCAAAGGUGAUGAGUUAUCCAUGGGAUCCUUUACAUUCUUCUGAUUGGGAUGAAUGCAUUCCAACUACUAUCUGUUUAAGAAGAAUUCAACGUGAUAUUUCUUCCAUGCUGAAAGGUUCUCCGCCCGGAAUGUUUAUUGAUACUGAUCCUGAUAAUAUCACAAAGAUUCAUGCUCUUAUAAUCGGUCCGUCUGAUACACCAUAUGAAAAUGGAUUCUUUUAUUUUAUAAUACGUUGUUCACCUAACUAUCCAUUUCAACCUCCUCGUUGUCGUUUCAUGACAACUGCAAAUAAUACAGUUCGUAUGAAUCCAAAUCUUUAUCAAAAUGGCAAAGUUUGUGUAUCCAUUCUCGGUACUAUGACUGGACCAUCAUGGACUCCAAUUCUAACUUUGGAAUCCUUAAUUCUUUCGAUUCAAUCGUUGUUGUCCGAAAAUCCAUACCAUAAUGCACCAGGUUUUACAAAAGAACGUCGAUUAGGUGAGUCGAAAGCCUAUAAUGAAACACUAAAACACGAAACACUUCGUGUUGCUGUCUGCGAAAUGCUUGAAACUACCAAUGUAGUGCCACAACAAUUACGGUAA